GUGGGAACUGAUUGAUGACUUAUCCGCCUGCCCCCGCCGCAUGAAUCUAAGUUUUUUUUCCCACGUGAAAUUUUAAUCAUAUUGUGAAAUUAACAUAAAAAAAAUAUCAAAAAUCAAUAAUGGCAGUACGUGUUCAAUUUGAAAAUAAUAAUGAAGUUGGAGUGUUUAGUAAACUCACAAAUUCCUAUUGCUUAGUUGCAAUCGGCGGUUCGGAAAACUUCUACAGUGUAUUUGAAGCCGAAUUAGCUGAUACAAUACCCGUUGUCCAUGUUAGCAUUGCUGGAUGUCGAAUCAUUGGAAGAAUGAGUGUCGCAAACAAGAACGGAUUACUCGUCCCAUCGUCCACAACAGACACAGAACUACAACACAUACGCAACAGUUUACCUGACAGGGUGAAGGUGCAGCGAGUAGAAGAGAGACUGAGCGCUCUCGGCAAUGUCAUAGCAUGCAACGACUACGUAGCUCUCGUCCACCCCGACCUGGAUAAAGACACGGAAGAGAUCCUUGCAGACACUCUUGAUGUGGAAGUGUUUCGGCAAACAGUGGCGGGAAACGUUCUGGUCGGUUCGUACACAACAUUGAGCAAUAGAGGAGGUAUGGUUCAUCCCAAAACAACAAUACAGGACCAGGAUGAGUUGUCAUCCCUUCUGCAGGUGCCCCUAGUAGCAGGGACAGUGAACCGAGGGAGUGAUGUGGUUGCUGCAGGGUUAGUUGUGAAUGACUGGCGUGCAUUCUGUGGCAUGGACACAACAUCAACGGAGAUUUCAGUCAUAGAGAGUGUGUUCAAGCUAAAUGAUGCGCAACCCACCGCCAUCACAUCAACAAUGCGAGCAUCUCUUAUUGACAGUAUGUCAUAAUAUUGACCCAUCCAGUACAUUACUCCAUUUCAGUUUUGUGUGGACAUCAUUUUUUAAAAUAUAAAAGUUGUUGUGGUGCAAAAAUACACUAUGAUUCAACCAGUGUUAAGUUUUAAGUUAAUAAAAAAAUGUUAAGUA